AUAUUUACCGCGCGCUUGUCACUAAGAAUGAGUUUAGUAGUUAAUUUCAAAUGGCGAAACUAAGUUACCAAAUAUCCGACAAAUAAGCUGAAACAAAAGACCUCCAGCACGGCUUUGUUAAAUUCAAUUCGACCUUACAAGCCAGUUCACUAGGACAAUUUAUACAGCCGUCUCGAGCUGUGUUUGAAUAAAACUGCUUUUGCAGUAGGAUAGCAGUUUUAUUCAAACAAAUGGCGGGACAACUGUUGCGCAAAGCCAACAUGCCCAAAUUAUUCUCCGGCCAAUUUCAACAUGAAAUGAAUAGAACAACAAACGCAAUUGUUACCAAGCAAACUAAACAAACAGCCAUUUUUAUCGGAUUUAAAUCUCUUCCACAUGUAAUUGGUUUGCUAUUUGUGUGUAACUCACCCGUAAAUUAACUUCCACGCAUUAGGCCCGAUCGCGGUUGGACAGUCAAUUCUUCUCUCUCUUCUCUCUCAUGAGUUAUUUCAACUCUGAUGCAGUCAACAUGCCCAAUAUUGUAUUAAUCUUGUUUUUCUUUACUGCGUGGAACCACUGUUUGACAGAAGCUGGAGAUGGAGCCAUGUGCAGGAUGAAAACAAAAGACAACAAGUGUUGCGUGUUUCCUUUUGUUUACAAAGGAAAAACGUACGACUCAUGCGUCACAGCCAGGGCUAACAGUCGUUGGUGCUCUCUAUCGCCAAGCUAUGACGACGAUAGAAAAUAUGGAUACUGUAGAGGAAUGGAAGGUUUGAUUACUGGAGAUGAUCAGGCAUGGGUCUACGCCAAUGGAAGAUACCUAGGAAGGGACAAUGGAAGAUGGGAUGUUCCUGUGAGCUUCUACUUCCCUGAAAAUCUUCAAGUCGUUGCCAUCUAUGUGAAAAACAGUGGCGGCGCUGCAGGACUCAUCGCUUCGUUCGCAAACGGCAUCGUAACUGACAACAAAUGGAAGUGCACAACUCAAGCGAUAAGAAACUGGCAUACUACCGGAUUUGACGACAGCAAUUGGUCAGCGGCCACAAUUCACGGCGGUAACAGCGGUCAGUUAAGAGUCAAUAGAUUGCCAACGAAUGCUAAAUGGAUUGGUUCAAAAUAUCGAAAUGCUGGCGGCCUCUACUGUAGGAGACACAUGACUUACUUUGGAGAGAAACCAUCAGCUGGUGGAAGUAAGUCGUUUUUCAACCUUAUCGCAAAUUGAACUCUCAUAUGUAAAAUAAUAAUAAUAUAAUAAUAAUACAAUAAUAAUA